AUGUGCGGCAUCUUCUGCUCUCUGAGCAGGCAUCGCCAGGCUGAGCCAUCUGCCUCAGUGAAAGAGCUACUCGGCGCGCGAGGGCCAGACGCGUCAAAUAUGGUGGCCACACGGUGCGAAGGACAGGAUUCGCGGUCUACGUUCAUCACAUGCUUUUCCACCGUUCUCUCGUUGCGAGGACCGAGCACUGUCCCACAGCCGCUGCAGGACCGAGCCUCACAGUCAAUUCUGUGCUGGAACGGUGAGGCGUGGAGUAUCAAUGGCGCGCGUCCAGAAGGCAACGACACCACAAGCGUCCUGGAGCUACUCAAACAAUCAACCUCAUCAGAWGUUGGAGAAAAUCCUGCACAGCACGUUUCUUCGGCCAUGUCGCAGAUAGCCGGUCCAUAUGCUUUUGUGUUUCUUGAUGCGACAAGAUCGACCAUCUACUUCGGACGGGACUUUCUUGGUCGCAGGUCUCUGCUUUACAAGGUUGAUGCAGAUGGCAACCUCCUUUUGAGCAGCAUAAUAGAUGACUCUUCUGGUGAAGAUUGGUCAGAAGUUGAGGCCGAUGGCAUAUACUGCAUCAACCUGAACGCGYAAACCGUGCCCGGUGCCAGCCACUUUCAAAAACGGGGUGACUWUCUCGUUGCCAGAACGCCAUAUACAUACAGCGAUGCUCAGAGCAGUAACAAUCAUUCUGUCGUCCCCGAACUUGCUCUGAACAGGGCAUUGCCCUCGUCAACCAUUCCAAUAAACGAAACAUCACCACAGGUAGCAUUCUUGGAACAUCUGCUCAGAGAGGCCAUCUCUGUCAGAACAUUGGGAAUUCCCGAGCCGCCUACAGUCUCCGGAUCUGAUGUCAGCUGUACCAAAGCCCGCCUGGCAAUACUGUUCUCUGGUGGACUUGACUGCACGACCAUUGCAAGAUUAUGUCAUGACCUUUUGCCUGCUUCGGAACCCAUUGAGCUUCUCAACGUUGCGUUCGAAAAUCCUCGCGUGCAUAAGUCGGCUGGAUCUGGUGCUUUUGAACUGUGUCCGGAUCGUAUCACUGGCAGAGCGUCUUACUCAGAACUGUGUAGUGUGUGUCCAGGUCGAGAUUGGCGCUUUGUCGCAAUUGACAUCCCCUACACCGAGACACAGAAACACCGACUGCAUGUUCUGACUUUGAUGCACCCUCACAACACGGAGAUGGAUCUCAGCAUUUCCUAUGCUCUCUACUUUGCGGCAAGGGGCGCUGGUUAUCUGGAGACUGACAACGGCAAAGUAACAUACUCCAGUACUGCCCGAGUUCUCCUGUCUGGUCUUGGCGCAGAUGAACUAUUCGCUGGGUACACCCGACACGCGACUGCAUACAAGAGGAAUGGCUUCACAGGCCUGCUGGAUGAACUCGAUAUCGACAUUGCACGGCUUGGCAAACGCAAUCUCGGACGUGAUGAUCGCGUGAUGAGCAAUUGGGGCAAGGAAGCCAGAUUUCCUUUUCUUGAUGAGAGACUGGUGGGGUGGGCCCUCGCAGCUCCCAUCAUGGAAAAGUGUAGCUUUGGUGAAGCUCAGCUGAUGCAUGCAGAGCUGCGUGACUGCGCUGCAAUUGAGCCCGGGAAGAAAGUUUUGAGGUGUCUUGCGUGGAAACUCGGCAUGACCAACGUGGCUAAGGAGAAGAAGCGUGCGAUCCAGUUCGGCGCCCGCACUGCCAAGAUGGAGGCAGGCAAAACGAAGGGAACCCAAGUGCUCUCUUGA